AUGCCUUCUCCUUCAUCUUCUUCCUCUUCUUCUUCAUAUAUUAAUCUCCGCAAAUGGGCAGAAUCAGACGCUGAGUUUGUCAGGUCACUAUCUUCAGUUAGCCUCAGUACUGAGAACCGGGCAUGUUGGCCGCCGGCGAGCCCAACAGUAAUAGACAGCUUCUCCUGUCGGCAACUCUAUCUCAGAAGCUAUGCCUUCUCCAAGAAAGAGCCGUUGCCAAAAAAAGCUAUAAAGUGUUUUGAAAAAUUCAAGAGAAAAGCCAUUGAUCACCUUCAUUGUUUUUCUGAUGACAUCAGUUAUGUCAGUGGAAAGGAGGAUAAGAAGAAGAUGAUUCUCAAAAAGAAGAAGAAGAAGAAGAAGAAGAAGGGGAGGUCAGUCUUCUUCUCUGUUCUUCAUCGUCUUCUCUCCUGUGGAGGUUGCUUUCAGGUUGUUGAUGGCGGGAGUAGCGCUGUGAUUCAUGUUUUGUAG